AAGGGAUAGUGGGAGGAGCCGACCGGAUGGAAGAAGGGGAUAGUGUGAGUGUGUGUGUGUGUGGAGUGUGAAAAUCUCACAGGUGUCGGAGUCAGAAGUCCAGCGCUGUUGCUGUUUUGUUAUUUCUCUCGACAGAACGAACUCCAAAAGCGGAAGUUUACCUCAGGCGUGCAGUCAGUCACAGUUCGUCGAAUAAAUAAAGUCAGAAGUGCUGUUAGUCGCAACUUCAUUAAGUUAACUUAUCUUAUUUGACUGGUAAAGGCAUUUAAAAUCGUUAUUCUGCGAUUCGGUCUCUUGUUGGAGUAAAGAGGAGUCUUCGUCUGCUGAAGAUGCGCAUGAAGAAAAAGCACCUUUAAUUUGCUUUUGAGCGCAGCAAAUGUAAGGAGAGACAUCAGAGGAAAGAUUUUUAAUCAUAAAUAUCUUCCAUAAUCAUUGAAGUGAAGUUCAGUUUCUGUGGAAGUUUCCUGACCUGCCAGAGCGACUACAGGGGUCUUUCAUUUAUCCCUUAAAAAUAAAUAAUAAUAAUAUUCUGAAGGAUCGAUACAUUGUGGCUCAUCAGGUUUUGAUGCAGGGCGUUGGACAAAUUUCAUUGUGUGGGAUCAGUUUAUUUUGAAACGUGGAACAUUGGAUGACAGAUUUUUUUGUCACAUCUUUUAGGUAUUUAGUUGGACUUGAUUUUAAUUUUGUUGUGCAAGCAGAUAACUUUGUGAUUUCAUCUCUCAUGAACUGAAUUUUGCAGUUUCUAAAUUGCACAGCUUUUGUCAGGUGGACAGGAACUUUGAAGUGGAAAAAAGAAAAACAGUUCAUUUUUGUUCGCUUAUGCAAAGGAAAACCUCAAAGCAUCUUCUGUGUAUUGGAGUAUUCAUUGUAUAUUUAAUGUUAACAAGCAAGGGGAUGAAUGAAAAUAUCUGUAUUGUUAUUAACCAGGAAAUUCCAACACUUUAAAAAACACCAUAUUGCAUUUAAUUGCUAUUGUUAAUAUAUAAUACGUGACCAUAAACUGUGUGUUCCCGUAAUCAUCUUUCUUAAUCAUUCUUUACCGUGCCACACCUUUCUGUUGCAGCCUCCACUGUUCCUUUUCAUUCCUUCAGAUCUUCCUGUGGCUCUCCACUCUGUCCUACCACAAGUCCCAUUGCACCGUUUUUUUCUGUAAGCUCCACACCCUUCUUGGUCUCCUUGUCUCAUCCAUAAAUUCAUCUGCUAUCCUUCUACUCACUGCUCUAUAGAUAUCUGUGGCUCUUUGGCUGUUCUUUUGUACCCAAAGAUACAUUUACUUUCAUACUUUAGUGAGUUUUUCUCCACCUUUCACGCUGGCGGGCACCAUCCCAUCUAAAGGAGAGGAGGACUUUCUAACGCUUGCUGCCUCCCGGAUCAGUCGUCGCAAGCGUGUUAUAGGAGCGGCAGUAGGUGUGGCCAUGGUUCUGAUUCUCCUGGUCACCAUCCCUUUACUGGUUCACAACACUAAAGGAGGAGGAGCCGGCAAUGCGGGAAGCCAUUAUGAAAUGCUAGGAAGUUGUCGGAUGGUUUGUGACCCCUACACCACAUCUCAUGGCCAGGAGCUAACGGCUGUUUCACCCGCACCUGUUGAUUUUCCAAACCGGAAAGGGAAACCUGGGUAUCGGGGACCUUCGGGAAUGCCAGGACCGCCUGGUCCACGAGGACCACCUGGAGAGCCUGGAAAGCCAGGGCCACAAGGGCCUCCUGGUCCUGGGCCUGGUGGUUAUGUGCCAUCAGUCUACAGCCCUAAGAUUGCAUUUUACGCAGGCCUGCGCAAGCAGCAUGAAGGCACUGAUGUGCUCAAGUUUGAUGAUGUGGUGACCAAUGUUGGCAACUACUAUGAGCCCAGCACUGGAAAAUUUACAUGCCCUCUACCUGGUAUCUACUUCUUCACAUACCAUGUCCUGAUGAGAGGAGGAGAUGGGACCAGUAUGUGGGCGGACCUCAAGAAGAAUGGACAGGUGAGGGCCAGCGCUAUCGCCCAGGACGCUGAUCAGAAUUAUGACUACGCCUCCAACAGUGUGAUCCUGCAUUUAGACGUAGGAGAUGAGGUCUGUGUGCAGCUGGACGGAGGGAAAGUCCAUGGAGGAAACACCAACAAAUACAGCACGUUCUCUGGUUUCCUCAUCUAUGCUGACUGACCUGCUCACGAUGCUGCUCUACACACUCAGAUGUACUGUGUAUGAACACACACACUCAAACAGCUACGUACACACACCAAACAGGCUUGAAAGAAACGGACAUGGUUUAUACGGAGCAGAAGGGCUUGACAUACAUAACCGCAACCAGUUUCUUUCAUAAAGCAAGGGAAUUUCUGACACGCUGUUUGUAUGUGUGUAAAUUAUAACUAUACACUACUCCCAAACUUAAAUUAAAAUGCAUAUAAAUAUAUGUCUAUAUCUAUCCUGGACAGUGACACACUCAUAUUUUCAUGUGUACUUGUUAGUGUACUUGUCUCCAUUUUGUGCGUCAUUCAAAACCAGAGAUUCAAACUCACUAGUCGACAUGCUUUAAAUGGUGAACUGAGAUGCAUUUACACAUGGUUGGACCAGAAAGAAAAUUAGUGCGUAAAUGUAAUUUUCACUCACUAGACGGAGCCGUAGUGCACACUAAUCUAAGUCUUCUUGUUCAAUUUAUUUGACUUAAAGUAACUGCUUAUGCUGUCUGUGUGGAAUUAGAAAUAUGGCUAAUACAUGUGGACACACAGGAGUGUAAUUACACACAAUGGCUCACUACAACCAGAUAUAUAGAUUUCCAAUCUGUCUAAAGAAUAUGGGCCGGUCCAGAACAUUGAUGUAUUGAUUAAGGCUAAUAAGACUCUUCACUAUUCAAAUGUAACCAAAAUACAAUGUUUUAAUCACACAAAUAAAUGAAAUGAAUGAAGGGGAGGAUGUUGUUCCCUUCUGUGUAAGUCUAAUAAAAGAUAUUACGAUAUAAAA